GGACGUCAAAACAGGUUUGCCCAUGCGCAGUCAAAGGACAUCUGUGGGAUCUGAAGUUCUGUUGGAGACUGGAAACAUACCAGGGAGUACUCCACUGUUGUCCGAGCUGAAAGAGUGGGAGCUUGUAACAAGUAUCAUGGCUGCAAGGUUCUGUGGAGUCCUCGUCCUUCUCACCGUGUUUCUCAGUGGACUGGAUGCAUCAAGACCAGCUGUAAACCAGGAACUGUCCAAUAUCUUCAAUGAGCUGUGGAGGCUGGAUGUGAAUCGCAUGACUCCUGGGAUAGACUACAACAUUUCUGUUCAGGGCAGGGCCGGUUAUGUAAACCAGGGCAUCCAUGUUGUUCGGGAUUACGCCUCACAGCCUCUGUUCUCCAACGUUAAUGAGAACAAACUGAAGAAUGCGACCACCAUAUCCCGGUUCAUCAGACUCCUGGACAACUAUGAGCGGUCCACGGGCGUCGCAGAACAAGUCACAACAGAGGAGCUGGCUGAGAUGAAUCUCUUCCUGGAUGCUGUCUUACAGACUGAAGUCAUGAAGCGGGCUCAUAAGUACCUGGUGAGCAAAGGGAAGUCCAGCUCCAACCUGAUUCACUUUAAGAAUCAGCUCCGCUUGAUCUGGUUCCACCUCUACCACAGACUGAGGAACGCAGGCCUGGACUCGAGUGGAUUCGAGCAUGUCUUUGUUGGAGAAACUAAAUCUGGAGCAGAAAUUGUCGGUUUUCACAACUGGAUCCAGUUUUAUCUGCAAGAAAAAAACAGGCACUUGGACUACAAAGGAUACAAGGCCAGGGACCUUGACUUACCUGAUCAAGACGACCACGUCCUGAACCUCCAGUUCAGCUGGCACGGUUUGGUGAAGCCUGUUGGCAGCGCGUUCAUCGGGACCAGCCCUGAAUUUGAGAUGGCUCUCUUCACCAUCGUCUUCCUCAUGAACACAGAGAGGAGCACCACAGUGCUGGUCAACAUCGACCAGUGCCAGAUGGAGCUGGUGGUCAUCAGACACGGGCGCUCCCUCGGGACGGCGUACCCCAAACUGCUCAGUAGCAACAGCAGACAUGUGAGGCAGCACUCACACUGAUGUGGAGGAUCAUCUGAUACAGAGUAAUGCUCACAUUUGUAUAAUGUUCAUGUACAAGCACGGCACAGGCCUGCUUAGUAUAGUACAAACAUAGAUGUGUACAUGUCUAUAUUUUUUAUCUGGACCACUGUAAACUUUCAGUAAAAGUUAUUGAUACUUUUUACUUUGAAAUAUUUUGUGUGUGACUUUUAUUCAACCUUUGUAAUACAUUAAAAUCACUUCUU